UGGCAGUCGAGGCGGAGAUCGCGGACCGACUUGCCGCCCUGGUCGGCAAUGGCCGAACAGCGUCGACGACGCUUUCUCUUCCUCCACCAUCGCUUCCAUGGCCAUCUAAGGGUGCAAAGGGUGAGGGAGAGGCUCAAUAUACACCACGAGACGCCCGGAAUCUCCCCCAGACAAAGCGCGAUUGCGCGGCGUGAAAGCGCGUCCGCGGUAAUUUUAUCAUCAAAAUCUACGCCAUACUCUCGACCACCAUGCGCCGACCUCGAUUAAUCUGAGACUUUCUGCCCAUCGCAUGGUGCGCUCCUCUCAAGCCCUCUCGGCGUCAGUCAAUCCGCAAGGCCCCUAAUUCGUGGCCCCCCUCGCACAAGCGAACGCC